UGGCUUUAGACUCCUCAAUCCUCAACCCGACGCGGCGGUGUGCCCCCCUGCUUUUUUUUGGCCUCUCCUCUCCGUUGGCGACGCAUACAUCCGGCGAGGGAGCGGAAGAAGUCAGUAAAUUCUGUCGCUCCAAUCCGGACGAGGAGAUGCCGCGGAUCCCUCUGAUCAAGUUCCCCAAGCGGAAUCUGAAAGCCCCAUCCGCGCCAGUGCCGUCGCAACCCGCAGAUCAGCACGCGACCCUCAUGUCCCGGUUGGGGGCUAAAGCAGAGGCACCAUCUUCUGGAGGGAUUAAAAAUUACCGCUUUAGUUCAGAUGUGCCUUCCCCACCGUCGCAUACUGCUGUAGGAGGUCAAGCUUCACUCCUUCCUAAGCGUAAACCUCUGACUGAAGAAGAGAUUGAGGCUAUUAUGAUCCAAUCAGUAUUGAGAAGCGGCCAAACUAUGGGCGUGUUUGGCAUGGCUCUGCUCCACCCCAGAGCAGCUCUACUCCAAAACUCUGGGUGGAGCAGCUCUGCUCCAGAGUUUAGAUUGUUUCUCAUAACCGGUGGCAGUGGCGGGUAAAUAACUCCAAACUCCAUGACUAAGGUGUUUUUUGGAGUUUUCGGAGUAGCAAAAGAGCUGGGUGGCUCCAUCUGAUAUCACCUCAUAUGAAUUGGAAUUUCUAGGAACAUCAAUAAGAUCGCAUACCCGGACUUAUUGCCUUCGACCUCUGUUAUUGAAGUCAUGUUGAUACAGAAUUGGGUUUUUUUUUUCUAAUUCUCUGCAAGUCAGUUGUGGAGACAUUAAUUUCCAGUAUUCUGCACAUGUAACUGACCAAAUCGUGAACACAUUGAGGUCCUUGAGGAAGAAGUGUUGAUCAUGGAAUGUUUUUGCAUCUGAUUAUUUUGUAUUGAUGUCUUGAAUUCUUGCCACACCUGAAGAUCUGAUGAUCAUGCCUUUUGAAGCAUGCCUAUUUUUUUGAA